AGUUUUCCUUAAUAAUUUGUUUGAGCUUCGCAAUGGCUCGGUGUAUUCCAUUGAAUGAAAAUAAUUUGCAUGUAAAUCUUGGAAAUCGUAUAGUGGAAAUAAAUUCGGAGGAAACUGAAGGAUUUGAAAUAAAUCUUGAGGAUUAUCCGGAUAUUCCUUUGGAGAGUGAUCAUUUAAUAAGUGGUAUAUCCAGUGGAUUUCCAUCUUUGGAUGACAGUCAUAUAGAGGAAAUUGGGACAACCACAGAACCAGCUGGCAAGGACCCCAAUGUCUUAGAUUUGAGUAUCUAUGGCAGCUCAUUAUAUCGCAUACCGGAUUAUAACAAGACAGCACGUCUUCUCGAAGAAUACGAACCCGAAAGUGCCGCUGUUAAUCCUGAAGAACUCGGUCCAUAUGUAGAGGGUGAUAUUCUUAUGCCUCAAACAUCGGUGAUAUUAAAAAAUGGUCUCAUCUCAACCUCAACACGUUGGCCCAAUGGCAUUGUUCCCUAUGAAAUUGGCGCCCAAUUUCAACGUCGUGACAUGAACGUUAUACGAAAUGCCAUCCAAGAAUAUCAUCGCAGAACUUGUAUACGCUUUGUGCCACGUACCAACGAAAAGGAUUAUAUCUCCAUAGUUAAUGGAAAAUCGGGUUGUUGGUCAUCGAUAGGACUUGUUGGCGGCAAGCAAGAAGUGAAUUUACAAUCGCCUGGUUGUUUGAGCAAACCUGGUACGGCCAUGCAUGAACUCAUGCAUGUGUUGGGGUUUCUUCACGAACAGAAUCGUCAGGAACGUGAUGGUUUCGUUGAUAUCAAAUAUCAGAAUAUUAGACAAGCUGCCUAUGAAAAUUUCAAAAAGGUUUCACCCACAAUUGCUUUUGGGGUGCCCUACGAUUACGGCAGUGUAAUGCAUUAUUCGCCGAGGGCUUUCUCACAGAAUGGUCAACCCACAAUUGUGGCGAAGCAUCCCGAUGGUAAUCAGAUCAUGGGUCAACGCAAUGGAUUCUCAAAUUUGGACAUAGAGAAAAUAAAUCGCAUGUACAAUUGUUACGCGAAUGAUUUAAACAACGAAAUCCAGCCUUCGGACAUUCCCACCCGCACAGCAUAUGCUCGACCUGGUCGUCUAAUUGGGAAUAUUGUUAGCAAUCUUAUGUCUCGUCUUACUCAAGUUGUUUAAUAUUACAUCUACAUAUGUACAUCUAUUUAGUUACGUAUUUGUAUAGACUGAAUUAGCAUCGAACUUCAUUUGUUGAAAAAAAAAACU